UUCUCAAAUAACGUACACCUCUCAGCUACCAGUGUUUCUUUGCUCCCAUCACCUCCUCGUCGUCGUCUUCUUCUUCUUCCUUCCUAUUCAGUACAUACUCGAAUUCUAGAGAGAGAAACAAACUAGAGAGAGAAACAUGUCGUGCUUAGCUUGUUUCGCAUCAUGCUGUGCAACGAUGACUUGCGGACUCUGCACAUCAGUAGCUUCAGGCGUCUCCAAGAAAUCCGCAAGACUCGCUUACUGUGGACUUUUUGGUCUCUCGUUGAUCGUUUCUUGGAUUCUCAGAGAAUUCGGAGCUCCUAUUUUGGAGAAGUUACCUUGGAUAAAUACUACCGAAACUCAUUCCAAGGAGUGGUUUCAGAUGCAAGCAGUACUUCGCGUGAGCUUAGGAAAUUUCUUGUUUUUUGCUAUAUUUGCUCUAAUAAUGAUUGGUGUGAAGUACCAAAAUGAUAGACGUGAUCCAUGGCACCAUGGUGGAUGGUAUUUAAAGAUGGUGAUUUGGCUUCUGCUUGUUGUCCUCAUGUUUUUCAUGCCCAAUAUUAUCAUCACAAUCUAUGGAACUAUUUCGAAGUUUGGGGCAGGCCUAUUUUUGAUGGUUCAAGUGAUUAUAUUGCUAGACUUCACACACACAUGGAAUGACGCAUGGGUUGAGAAAGAUGAACAAAAAUGGUAUGUUGCUUUACUUGCUGUAUCAGUUGUGUGCUACCUCGGGGCAUUUGCGGUCUCCGGUGUUCUAUUCAUAUGGUUUAACCCGUCUGGCCAUGACUGUGGCCUAAAUAUCUUCUUUCUCAUCAUGACUAUGAUUCUUGCACUUGUUUUUGCUAUAAUCGCGUUGCAUCCUGCGGUCAACGGAAGCCUGUUGCCUGCUUCGGUUAUCUCACUGUACUGUGCUUACGUUUGCUAUACUGGUCUCUCCAGUGAACCGCGUGACUAUGUAUGCAAUGGUCUUCAUAAGAGAACGAAAGCAGUCUCCACAAGCACCCUUAUCCUUGGGAUGCUUACAACUGUCCUCUCAGUUCUAUAUUCCGCUGUCCGUGCCGGGUCUUCAACAACAUUUCUAUCACCACCUUCCUCACCUAGGGCAUCAGAUUCAAAGAAACCGCUUCUAGACGAACAGUUGGAAGAAGGAAACGGAACGAAGGAAACAGAAGGCACACCCGUUACUUACUCCUAUACAUUCUUCCACCUAGUGUUUGCCCUGGCCAGCAUGUACUCAGCUAUGCUUCUUUCGGGAUGGACUAAUGCGUACGAAAGCUCCGACCUGAUAGACGUUGGCUGGACGUCAGUUUGGGUUCGUAUAUGCACCGAAUGGGCGACUGCUGGACUCUAUGUAUGGACUCUCAUAGCUCCACUGAUUUUCCCUGGGCGCGAGUUCUAACCGUGCUGCUACUUUAUGGAUAUCAUGUUUAAGAAUUACUAUGUUCUGGUAUAGUUUGGUUGAGUGUAUAAAAUGUGUUGAUGAAUGUUUUGUAAUGCUCUUAUAUUGUAAAAUGUAAUUGUGAGAUAGCAAAGAAAAUAAAAUAAAUAUCUGUUUUAGCUUGUUCCA